GGCAAGAUGGCGUCGAGUGGCGGGGAGCUCGGGGGCGUAUUCGAUCACCACGUCCAGAGGGCUGUGUGCGACACGCGCGCCAAGUAUCGGGAGGGGCGGCGGCCUCGCGCUGUCAAGGUAUAUACAAUCAAUUUGGAAUCUCGGUACUUGUUAAUUCAAGGAGUUCCUGCAGUGGGAGCAAUGAAGGAAUUAGUUGAGCGAUUUGCUCUAUAUGGUACAAUUGAACAGUAUAACGCUUUAGAUGAAUACCCAGCAGAAGACUUUACGGAAGUUUAUCUUAUUAAAUUUAUGAAUUUACAAAGUGCAAGGACAGCCAAGAGAAAAAUGGAUGAACAGAGUUUCUUUGGUGGAUUGCUUCAUGUAUGCUAUGCUCCAGAAUUUGAAACAGUUGAAGAAACUAGAAAAAAAUUACAGGAGAGGAAGGCUUAUAUAGCAAGAACUACUAAAAAUAAAGAUCAUUACAUAACAAAGAAGAAACCGGUUACAGAGCUUAAAGACACAAAAGAUUUCAGACAGAACUUCCAUUCAGGGACAUCUGGAUUUCGUGCAGUCACUGUGAAUACUUCUGCUGGCAACUCAGACCCUUGUCUUCCUUAUUCUUGUGAAUUCCCUUUAUGUUAUUUUUCCUCAAAAUGUACAUGUUCGUCAGGGGAACAUAUGGGUAAAGCAUCCAACUUCUCUCAGGACAGUAGAAACCAUGCUAAAACAAUGGAGCAUUGUAUGCACAAUGACUCUUUGCAGAAGAUACAAAUGAAACCUUUAAAAAAUUCUUUGGCCUUCCCUGGUGCACAAAAGGCUAUUACUUCUUCAGAGGCAGUUGAGAGAUUUAUGCCUAGGACAACACAACUGCAGGAGCGGAAAAGAAGAAGAGAAGACGAUCGUAAAAUUGGAACUUUUCUUGAAACAAGCACAAGUAGUAAUGAGGUUAUGAUUGGGCCUCUGUUACCAGACAUACCUAAAGUGGACAUGCAUGACGACUCGUUGAAUACCACAGCAAAUUUAAUUCGGAAUAAACUUCAAGAGGUAAUUUCAUCUGUGCCAAAACCUCCAGAAGACAAGCUGGAAGAUGUGCAUUCAAGUCGUCCAUUAAAACAAAGAAGAAGAAUAUAGAUUGCCAGCAGCAAAUUAUGUUUCCUGAGGGACUAUUUAUUAUUUUUAGCCUGUCAUUUUAAUUCUUGAAGAGGUUGUACUGCUGGAAUUUUCUAAUGCAUUCCUCUUUGUAAUAUCAUUCAACCUACUUAUUUAAUAAAAUUUCAUCUUUUAAAA